AUGUAUCUACGCCUUACCUCAUUCGGCCUAUUCGGAGUCGACGCCCAGCUCCCGGCCAGCGAACUGUUGAAUUAUAUUGGAGUGUUAUUACUACUCAUUGGAGCCGUUUUCUACCUCUUCAUCAAAAGCAACGCCCCCGGAUCUGCCGCACAUAUUGAUGCCGGGGAAAAGAAACUAGAAAAAGAAGUCGCCGAAAAUGCGGCUCAUCUACCGUUGACCGAACGACUUUUAACGAUGCUUUGCUGCCUGCUCGUCGGGACCUUAUUUGGGUCUUUUUACACUCCAGUUUCUUAUUUGCAAAGCCUUGGCGGUUACCCUACGGCAGCACUUGACUACAUUUUCUCAUUCUUUAUCGGCGUUGUUGGAGCUUCAGCGACAAUUUUCUUUGUAUAUACUUAUGCAAAACGCGGAAAGCCGGAGCUCAAUCAGAUCAUCACGAUCCCAUCAUUCUACGGAGGGCUAAUGUUCGGGGCCGGAAUUUGCUUCUUUAUGAUUGCAAAUGAGAAAUUGUCGCCGACCGUCGCCUACCCCACCGUGGCAAUGCUGCCCGGGCUUGUCGUGUCACUGUGGAGUGUGUUGUACUUUAAGGAAAUUACGGGAAAUCGCAACAUCACCCUCCUCGCCGUCGCCUAUUCUUUGACGCUGACCGACCCAAGGAUAGCCAAACAUGCAGGAUACUACAGUCAGACAAUCAUCUAUUCUACAUUUUUGGUUGGGAAUCUGUUGGCACCGCCGAUAAUUUCUUUCCUAGGACGUCGUCUCUCCAUCAUAUUCGGCAGUUUCCCGUACGUCCUCUACAUGGCCGGGUUCCUGUUUUUGAACCCCUACUACCUGUAUGCUUCCGCGGCUUUCGAGGGCUUCAUGGGAGGGUUGUUGUGGACGUCGGUGGGGCUUUACGUUGCCGAGAACAGUAAUGAGAGGACGAUAUCGAGGAAUAGCAACGUGUUUUGGAUGCUCUACAUGUCGUGUAUGGUACUCGGCGGCAUCUACCUACUCGUUGUUUUCGGCCAAAAACCAGACAAAAACAUCUCGAUGAGCACGACUAGGAUCCUGUACGGAACUUUCGCGGCCGUUGCCCUCGUUGGUGUCGUCGUUCUCGGACUUCUCCAGCAGAAAUCCACCGGCAAAAAAGCGGCGGCAGUCAGCCACCGGAUGGAAUUAAUGAAAACCGUCCGGAUGCUGGGCACUGUCGACCAGUGGCUGAUCGCAAUUCCAUCGGCUUUUACUGGAAUCGAGAACUCAUUCUUUAGUGAAGAAAAAUACUUCACGAUGGUCAAGCAAUUUGAAGGGAAAGUGGCUUUGAUUACAGGGUCGAGCAACGGCAUCGGCCGCGGGAUCGCGGUCCAUUUUGCCGCCCGAGGAGCGAAGGUGACGAUCACCGGAAGAAGUGAAGCCGCCUUGAAUGAAACCAGGAAAGAAUGUGUGGCAGCUGGCGCCCCGGAAAACGACAUCCUCGCGCUGGUCGGAAAUUUGGCCGAAGAGGAAUUUAUGACCAAACUGGUGCACGAUACUGUAGAAAAAUUCGGAAAGCUGGAUUUCCUGAUCAAUAACGCUGGUGUUACUGAUGAGGACAUGUGCAACAAGAAGCCUGGCUUCUUGACUCAGGAUAUGCAGAGCUACGACUAUAUCUUUCUGAUUAACGUGCGAUGCGUCGUUUUUCUAUCCCGUGAAGCCACGCCCCAUCUCGAGAAAACGAAGGGAGCAAUCGUCAACAUGAGCUCGAUUGCCGCAUCGGAAAUUCAGGCUAUAGCCUUCCCCUACUAUGGGAUGUCAAAAUCGGCACUGGAUUCGCUGACGAGAAGCUUGGCACUUGAGCUGAUUCGAAAGGGUAUUCGAGUCAAUGGGAUCAAGCCCGGGGCGAUCAGCUCGAACAUCAUGCAAAAGCAAGGAGCUACAGAUGAAAUUUUGCAGCAGUUGGAAAAGAAAAUGUCGAGCAGUUUCGCGCUGAUCCCAGCUGGAUUCUACGGGAAACCAGAGGACAUCGCCCAUCUUACCGCCUUCCUCUGUGAUAGCGAGCAAUCCCGCUACAUCAUCGGCCAGAGCAUUCGCGUGGAUGGGGGAACCUCGUUGGUUUGCCCGAUGAUGCUGGGAGAAGAGAUAUCCUCUGUCCAGAAGCUCGAAACGGACCAA